CCAUAGUUAACACGAAGGUUAUACACGUGCAACGUACUUGAUCAAAAAUGGAGGCGUAUCGUCGUGACUGUCGAGCAUCUUCUUUUACUCACAAUAAUCUUUAUUUUGCUCUCUUAUCCAUAGAUGGGCGGUUAAGAAUAUGGGAUGUUCUAUCCGGGAAAAUUCUUCAAGAAUUUUCUUCAGCUUCUACAGUAGAGUCAUCUUGUACAUGUCUAUGUUGGACACGAAAUCGAGAUCCAAAAGAGAAGAAAAAGAAGGAUUCUAAAGCUAAAAGAAAAAAGUUGGAAGAAAUAAAUAAUCACGAUGUUCCUGAAUAUCCUUCACUAGUAGUAGGAACAAAAAAUGGCACAUUAUUCAUUUACAAUCCAAAUAUUGGUGAAAUAAGCACGGUUUUUAAAGAGCAUCAUACAGAUCAAGUGAAUUGUGUGUCCUAUUUUGAAGGAGCAGACUUAAGUUAUACAUGCUCUGAUGAUGGCUUUAUAAUGGAGUGGUCUAAUCGAUCAGGUAAAGCAACAAGCAAAUGGAAAGCUGGUAAAUUACCUAUCCAUAUUGUUUGUGUUGAUCCUAAAGGGGAAGUUUUACUGUCAGCAAGUAAUUCAAUUAAGCUGUGGAGUAUAAAUACUAAAGAACUUUUAAUGGAAUUUAAUGGGCAUUCUUCUUCUGUCUCCUUAUUACAAUUUUCAGCAUUCUGUUCAGUGCAAAAUGAUCCAGUAAUUAGUUCUGAUGGUUAUUAUUUUUUAUCAGGCUCUACUAAUGAUAGAGUUGUUAAUGCAUGGCAUAUCAAUUGUUCAAAACCAAAUAAAGAAGCUAUUGCGUCAUAUAGAUUGUCAGACUUUCCUAUUUUUCUUGAUACCAUGGUUGUUGAAGAUGAUGACCAGCCCUUAAAAGUUUGUGUUGGUUGUCAAGAUGGUAGAGUUCACUUUUUUGAAAAUGCAUUAAAUGGUAAAGCAAUUCGGCCUAUAGAAGCCAAAAAAACUUUGGAUCUUAUUCAUAAAGAAGGAGGAAAUAAGUCAUGCGCAACUCCUGUUGCCUUACUUAAUGGAGGUUUUGAAUAUAGCACUGAGUUUUCAUUAAGAAUUGUUUUUGGAGGAACUGUUAAUCCGUCUUUUCAAAAUUAUAUAUAUUCAAGUUUAGAAGAUUGUAGUAAAGUUAUUGUAGAUUUCUCCAAAAAUAUUUUACUCAAACAAAGAAAAAAAGCAGAAGAAAAUGUUAUUGAUUAUCCUGUUACAAAUAAAUCUACAAAGUAUCUUGGUCAACUUCAUGUUAAUUUAAAAAAGAAAACAGAUAUUGUUAUUGAUGUUAAUGGUAAUGAAGAAGAUAGGCAGAAAACAGAUACUGAGCAAGACAUGAGAUCUAUGGAAGAACGAAUGAAAAAUGUUACUCCUGAUAUACAUUAUGACAAAUCAAAUAUACCUAGUGCUGGCUCGUUUUCUCAAAUGCUUAUUCAGGCUAUUCAUAGUUCUGAUGAAGUGCUAUUAAAUGAAAUCUUGUUUAAGACUUUUCCUGAUACUGUUUUGCGAAAUACUAUCAGAAGAGUUCCUGUAAAACUAAUAGGCCCUUUAAUAAUAAAUAUUGUCGAUAAGCUCCAACAAAAUCCUAACAGAUCAAAAAUCUUAGUUUCCUGGUUAAGAGUCAUAAUGGGUGUACAUUUAACACAUGUAAUGACUAAUGAAAGUAUUUCAACUGCUUUGGCUACUUUGUACAAUCUGUUAAAAGUACAACAGGAAGUGCAUCCUCUACUACUAAAUAUUCAAGGGAAAAUUGAUCUUCUUAUUUCGCAUGCUGUUAAUAAACGAUCGUUAGUUGAAGAAAUUGAAGAUGUGAAUGACAAUCCAAUUGUUUUUAAUGAUGAUUCUGAUGAUGAGGCGGAAACUUUAGUCGAUAAACUUUUGGAGUCAGAUCCGGAAGGAGAUGCAGGGGAAAGUGUACAAAACGAGGAUGAAGAAUCAUCUGAUAAUAAUGAUUCGGGUAGCGAAGACAGCGACGAAAAUGGCAGUGAAAGCGACCAAUACUGAAUUUCGAGUGCUUUUUUUAUAUUUUACCUCAAAUCCUAAUUUUGCUCAACUUUUUAUAAAUAAAUAUGUGGAUAGAGUUGAUCCAUAAUAAAAAUACAAUUCAGUGAGAUUUUAAAUUAUUUUGUUAAAUAAAAUUGAAAAAAAGGUUUUAUGUUUUAUUUAUGAAAAAUCGCUUUUAUCCGUGUUAUCUGUUUUAAGAAUGAUAAAUUUUGAAAUAGUUGGUA